GGACGCCUAGCGGAGCAUGAGCGCGCAGCAGAUGAACUUCAGUGCGCGGCGCGGAGCCCGAGGACGCGCAGCCCCGCGCUGAGGACAGAUGGUAAAACUCAUAGUUAUUCACAUGCAUACACCGUGAAUUCACCGUGUGUAACAUCAGUCUGGACGCUGCGUAACGACACGAUACCGAGCAGCUCCAUUUAACGGCUUAUUAUUCAUCACUGACGCGGCGCGCGCCUUAACGCGUUGACACGAGUUUACUUCGCAGCAAAAGGUUGAUAUCUGACUAUCAUCAUUCAAGCAGAUCUAACAGGAUUUUAAAGAUGGAGUUUUGGAUUUUGUCUAUAUGCCGGAUCAGCUUGAUGUUGACGCUUAUAUCAUCCAGUGUUCAGGGGGUUGCAGGCCAAACACAAAGCGCUUAUUUCCUCCCUGAGUUUGCACUUUCUCCACAAGGCAGUUUUCUGGAAGAUACGACAGAGGAGCAAUACCUCACUUAUCGCUAUGACGACCAGUUCUCAAGAACGACACGCUCAGAUGAAGAGAGAGAUACGGGCUGGGAUGCCUGGGGCGCGUGGAGCGACUGCUCUCGUACCUGUGGGGGCGGAGCCUCUUAUUCUCUACGCAGGUGUCUCAAUGGAGGAAACUGCGAGGGCAAAAACAUCCGCUACAGAACGUGCAGCAAUACAGACUGUCCUCCAGAGUCAGGUGACUUCAGGGCUCAGCAAUGCUCCGCCCACAAUGACAUCAAGUACCAGGGGCAAACCUACGAAUGGAUUCCCGUGACGUAUGAUCCCGUUUCCCCCUGCGCUCUCAGAUGUCAGGCUCGAGGCAGAAACCUGGUGGUGGAACUAGCACCCAAAGUGUUGGACGGCACUCGAUGUAAAGCCGACUCUCUGGACAUAUGCAUCAAUGGCGUUUGUAAGGAAGUUGGCUGUGACAGACAGCUGGGAAGCAACGCAAAAGAAGACAAUUGUGGGGUGUGCGCUGGAAACGGCUCCACCUGCCGACUGGUCCGAGGUCAGGCGCUGCCUCACCUGUCACCUGAAGAACCCGUGAAGACAGUGUUUGAAGUGCCGAUGGGAAGCAGAGGACUCCGAAUUACAGCCAAAGGUCCAGAUGUGAUUGUUAUUGAAGCCCACGCACCAAACAGCCGGAGAGAAGAGAUUGUUUUCAGCUCUGUUGGCUCUCACAUUCUGGGUAACAACACCAUUGAGUACCAGAGAGGAGCGGAGAGACAAACCCUCAGAUGCCAUGGGCCGCUGUCUGCCGACAUUACCAUUAAGGUGAAGUACGCUGGCCCUAAAGACACAGUUUUGCAGUUUAUGUUUUACCAGCCCAUUCGCUACCAGUGGAGAGAGACAGACUUCUUUCCCUGCUCUGUGACCUGUGGAGGGGGUUAUCAGCUAAAUUCGGCCGAUUGCAUCGACAUUCGUUACAACAAAACGGUCGGGGAGCAGUUCUGCCACAGCUACCCCGAGAACAGCAAACCCAAACCCAAACUCAAGGAAUGCAACAUGGAUCCCUGUCUGGAAAGUGAUGGAUUUAAAGAAGUGAUGCCCUAUGACCAUUUCCAGCCUCUGCCACGGUGGGAGCAGAACCCAUGGACGUCAUGUUCAGGAUCUUGCGGAGGUGGGACUCAGGAGAGAAGUGUAGUGUGCGUAGAGGAAGACGUCAACGGUCAGAUCGUACAGGUUGAGGAGUGGAAAUGCACGCAUUCACCACGACCAAUCAGCAAACAGGACUGCAACUUGUUUGACUGUCCACAGUGGAUGGCAAUGGAGUGGUCUCAGUGCACGGUUACCUGCGGCCCAGGUUUGCGGUACAGAGUUGUGCUGUGUGUGGAUCAUAGGGGACAACAUGCUGGUGGGUGCAACCCUCACCACAAACCCCAUAUCAAAGAGGACUGCCUGGUACCCAUCGCCUGUCACAAACCAAGAGAGACCCAACCUAUAGAGGCCAAGCUUCCCUGGUUAAAACAGGCUCAAGGACUGGAGGAAACCAAAGUAGCCUUGGAAGAUCCAACGUUUAUUCCAGGUCCGUGGACGGCAUGCAGUGUAUCUUGUGGUCUGGGACUUCAGAGGCGUGAGGUGAAAUGUAAAGUCCUGCUGUCUUUUACUCAGACUGAAGUUGAACUGCCUGAUGAAGAGUGCGAUGAGGAGAAGCCUCCAAUACAAAGGGCCUGUGAUUCGGGGCCUUGUUUUGAGUCUCCAGACUCACCGUGGUGGCCCCUCGGGCCCCAGGAGAUCCCUGAGCAGCAUAGCUAUGUUUGGGAAUACAUGGGAUUCACUGCCUGUUCGGCGUCAUGUGCUGUUGGCAAGCAGAUGGCUGUUGUCAGGUGCGUGAGCACCUUGAAAAAGGAAAUUGUUGACGACGCGCUCUGCAGCGGCUCGAGAGCAUCUCUCUCCUUGUUUCGCAUCUGUAACACUCAACCAUGUCCUGCAAGAUGGGAAGUGAGCGUGUGGAACGCGUGUUCUGUUUCCUGCGGUGUGGGACUGCAGACACGCAGUGUGUCAUGUGUAAGACCUGUGGCUGGAAACCGCACUGAACCAGCAUCCAGUAAAGACUGUGUGGAGACCAGACCUCCAGAGCUACAGGCAUGUAAUCAGGUGACGUGUCCACCAGCAUGGGUGACUGAAGAGUGGCAACAGUGCUCUCAUACAUGUGACAGAGGUUCACAGUGGCGUAAAGUUUACUGUAAACAAAGACUGGCUACAGGAAGCUACCGUAGGUUAAGAGACGAGGAGUGUGCUGGAAACAAACCGGUGACGCAUCGGACGUGCAUCAACUCUGACUGUCUCAUGCCUCGUCUGGAGGGAGGAGAGUGGUCCAAGUGCUCUGUUACGUGCGGUAAAGGCGUUCAACGUCGGGAACCGGUGUGUAGGAGACAGACGACGUCCGGUCAAUUGGUUACUCUGGACAGGUCGGCCUGUAGUAACCUUCCCCUCCCUCCCUUAAUCAGGAGCUGUCGCAUGAGUCCCUGCAGCAAAAACAAAUACUCCAAAAGACGUUGUCCUCAAGUCAUGGGCCUGAAGCGCAUCUAUAUCCAAACCAGACAGGAGAAACGUCUUACCUUUACCAUUGGAGGACGCGCCUAUCUUUUGCCAAAGACCUCGAUCACCAUCAAGUGUCCGGUGCGUCAUUUCCCUAAAGCUCAGAUCCGCUGGGAGAAGAACGGUAGCGAUCUGAAAAGCUCAAAACGUCUGAGCAUCACCAAGUCUGGAGCUUUAAGAAUCUACAACCUGGAAGCUGGAGACAUAGGAGUGUACCAUUGCUGGGCCAACCAAGAUUCGGACACGUUUAUCCUGAAGCUCAUCGGCCACAAUAAUCGACUCCUGGAACAUCCCCAAGGAAAGGAAGAUUUGGAUAAGGAAAAACUUCUCCAUCCUUCCCUCAACAAAGAGAGCAGUUAUGCUGGGGUGAAGUGCCAAGAGCAGAAAGGAUUAUCAACUAUAAAGAAGGCUCCAAAAUCUCUCCCAAGCUGGAUGCAAAAGAACGAGUUUUACAGAGAUGAUAACAGUCAGCCAGAGGAACUCUGGGAUACUCUUGCAUCAAGCAACAAUCCAUUGGCUCCAGGGAUCAGGGGCCACACAGGGGCCUUUGUCCUUGAACCGGCACAGUUCGAGGAGCUUGUGAAGAACAUCACUCAGCUUGCAGAGAGCGGAGAUGUGACAGAUGAAAUGGCAUCGCAGCUAAUUAACAAAAUCAUGGAAGAUUUGGCUAUAACUCAGCAAGGUGCACCUACUGAGGAUUUGAGAGUUACAAUGGACAACAAUUUCGAAAAGACCCCAAACUCUUCCAAACCUUCAUGGGGAAAGGGGUUGAAAAGAGGCAGUGGGGCUGUGAUCACACGUCAAAAGCACCAUGGGACUACAAUGAGCUUUCAGAGGGAUCUCCAGAUUCACGUGGGGCAGACUGCUUACCUCACCAAUGCUACCCACAGUCUCACCCUGCUUUGUUCUGCCCAGGGUUUACCUCAUCCAACCUUGUCCUGGAGCAAAGAUGGAGCUCCACUGCAGAAAAGUGAAAGGAUCUCAUGGGAAAACAGUGGAGAAGUCCACAUCUCUGGCCCUGGUACUAAAGAUGUGGGCAUCUACAAAUGCACAGCCACCAACCACAUGGGUUCAGAUUCAGAGUCGUCACAAGUUUUAUUGGCUGAACCUCCCACGAUUGCCGUCUCACAGAGAAACGCUUCAGAUCUGAACAGCACCAGUUGGAAGGUUGUGGUCGGAGGUCCUGUCGAUAUCCGCGUUGGUGCCAACCUCACCCUAGAAUGUCCUGUCAAAGGUGUACCUAAGCCAACAGUGAGCUGGCAUCGUAAGGAGGGCCCGUUGAGCACCAGCGCCACUCUCCUACCAAACGGUUCUUUGAUCCUGAGGAACAUCGCGCCACAAGACUACGGCAUUUAUUCCUGCGUGGCUGCCAAUGAUAUUGGAAAAUCAGUGGCUUCCAGCCUUCUACGCGUGGCGGGAGGAACUCUGGGUGAUUCUGAGCAUUUAAAGGAGAUGAACAGAAAAAGAGUUCUGAUGGCUUCUCUGAUCGGCACCAACAUUACAGUCAAACCUGGAGAUAUCUUAAGAAUAGGUUGUCCAGUGGUCCCAAGCCACAGAAAGCCCAUCACAUGGUCCUAUCAGAACCAGACCCUGAAGCAGAGCCCAGGCAUGAGGUACCGCACACUGGUAGGAGGGCGGGUUCUGGAGAUAAACACACUCGGUGGGAAAUUCGAUGGAAGCUACGAGUGCCAAACGCAAAGCAACAAGAAGAAUCUCACCGCUUGGGUUCAUGUGCUUUCACAAGAGUUUAAGUGGCGUCUGGGCGAGUGGAGUACUUGCAGUGCUUCGUGUGGUAAGCGUGGGGUUCAGAUGAGGAAAGUACAAUGUCGGACAUCAGAGGGCAAGGAGACGAAAUCUUCAUUCUGCCAUCACCUUCCCAAACCGAUCAGUCAACCGCGGGCGUGCAACCUGCUGGACUGUCCACCCAGCUGGGUGUCUACAGUGUGGUCCAAAUGCUCCAGUGCCUGUGGGCGGGGCUUCAGAGAGAGGCGGGUCUCUUGUCAGCAGGUGCAGGCAUCAGGGAGCGUAAGGGUCCUGCCCAACUCCGAGUGUAAAGAGACCCAUCGGCCAGAAGAAAAGGAGGAGUGCAGAUCGCACGCUUGUGUGGAGUGGAUCACUGGUCUCUGGGGCAAGUGCACAGGUCGUUGUCUGGGACCCGCUGUGGCCACACAGAGCAGGACUGUAUCGUGUCGACAUUUCAGCAACUCCACAACCAAAACAUGCAACACAAAACAAAGGCCGGCGUCCGUAAGAAAUUGUUCAUCCGACAUGUGUGACGUACACUGGAAGGUGUGGCCGUGGAGAACGUGUACGGCGGCGUGCGGGAGCGGCUUCCAGUCGCGUCGAGUGGAAUGCGUCCAUCGGCAGAAGAUGAAAACUCUUCCCGACCAGCACUGCGCCUGGCGACCGCGUCCUGUUACCUGGCAACACUGCAACAUCACUUCCUGUGGCAGUGAGUGUCAGGACAGAACUCAUUACUGUCCUGUGGUGAAACGUCUCAAGCUUUGCCUGGUGGACCUUUAUAGACAACGCUGCUGCCAUACUUGCUCACAAGACACCAGCGCCACCUAGAGGACAACUGCUCAAACUUCUAGCACAGGCCCAUACGCACUGAUUGUCAUCAUUUAAAUCAUGCAAACCCCUGAACGCUUGAAAUGCAUUGGAUUAGAUGUCUACAGGUGGCAGACCACCAGAUGUCCAAAGAGAAAAUGACUUCAUUCUUUUCGCCUAUGAUUUAUCUCUGCCCAAAAGUGAUAUCAUAUGUGUAUUAAUUUAAGAAACAUGAAUUUUUGUUGUGGAUAUCGGAAGACAAAUCCUGUUGGACCGUUCUCUUAUGGGAAGGAAGAUUAAAAUGAUAUCGGGUGUACAUACAGUACCGAUCAUAUGAGGAAUAUAAGUAGACGACAGCUUAUUAAAACGCCCUUACCUUGAUAUCAAAUACUGGUAGUGAUUUUAAUACCUAUGACAGAAGACCUAUUAAUGUUUUCAACUGCCACAGAAGUUUAUUAGAUGUACUUUUUUUGUGCUGCAUUGUAAAAUAUGUCAUGUAUAUAAUGUGUUUUUAAGUGCAAUAUUGUACAUUGAGUGGAGAAAAUUUGGAUUUUAUUUUCAUACCGUUUGAUUUAGUUUGUCUUUAUAAUCCAUAUUUAAGACUGUAAACAGCAAAGCUCGCACACAUAUAGCAUUUUAUGUGAAUGAUCCGUAUCUCUAAUAUAAUGGUUUCCUACUGGCUUUUGAAUGCAUGCAUUUUAAAUGACAUCAUCAAAUGUUGUAAUAAACCACUCACAAAAUUUAA